UAAAUACCUAGCGAAUAUAAGGACUAGACAAAUUAUCAACAGGAGAUAUAAAAUACCUAAGAGUCUUCUGCGCUGGUCGCACUAUCUUUUCAGAAACCAAACGCAAAGAGAGCGCGCAGGUCGAUGCCGUUCAAGCAAGAACCAAGAGUCUUCCACGCCACCACAAAGCUCCCGCCCCGGCACAGAAAGCCAAAACCAAAAAACAAAAAAGCCCAAACCCCCACUAACCAACAACCCCUCCCUCCACCACCACCAACCUCAGCGCUCCGCGCCGCCAAGGCCCAUACACACACCAUCAGCCACGCCUACGCCUACGCAUCCAGCAACCGCACCCCCAAGCGCGGCACGGAACAGCCCGCCGAGCUAGCCGGGCCAGGCAAGACAGCCGUGCGCGAGGCGCGCCGGCGAAAGGUUAAUCGCGAGGUUAAUGCGACGACGGCUGUCGUGCGUGCGGGGAGAGGGGUGCGGGGUGCGGUGCGUUUUUGUGGAGUGUGCUUGACUCAUGAUUUUCGCGGGCAUGACUCGUGCCAGGCUGGCUGGCCAGCUCCGGCGUGCUGCGGGCGCGCCGGGUCGCGGUCGUGCCGUGCAGUGCAGACGGAGACGUAUGUAGGGCGAGCUGCGGAGGCUAGGGACGGGCACUGGAGCUCUCCCUUCCUCUGGAGCUCUCAGCUCUCAGCUCUCGGGCAGGUCUCACGAAUCGGCCGCGACGACCACGGGCGCUCUCCCUCCGCUGGUGGGUACUAG